AAUUGAAAACUGUCGGGAUCGCAAUUAACGGGAGAAAUCUGUAAUAUUCCUUCGAAGCCGCAUCGUUGUGAAUCGACAAGAAGGGAUCUUCUGUCUUUUAGAAGGGGGGAAAAACAAGUCCUAGCAAAAACCUAGACCACAAACAGGCUGGCUUCCACCACUCCAACACUGAGUGGUCAAUCCUUCUUAGAUCCUUGUUGCCAUGGAAAAACUAUUUACAUUCGCAUCGUUGCUGCUGGUAUUUUUGUCGUGCAUUACAGCACAGAGUCCGGUUCAAGUAUCUUCGGACUGUAGUCUUUGCUGGUGCGACAGCGCAGGAAACUGUCCCAACCCUCGGGAAGUAUGCCCUGAGAUAAUUAGCUGCAAAACAGGGGUGGUGAAAGAUAAGUGUGGCUGCUGUUACGUGUGUCUAAAGUCAAUCGGAGAAAUAUGCAAACGAGAGCCAUAUGAAAAGGAGGAAGAAAGGUGCGACCGAGGACUGCAGUGUGUGCCGGGUGAUGAUACGUGGAAAUGCGAAUAUUUUAAACCAGCGAACCUCAAAAUAAGCAGAUGUGAAAAAGCGGGCAAAGAUCGAUGUUACGACCUGGUCACAAGGAAAUCCUACCGAACUGGGGAAAUUUGGACGCGAGGAAAUUUCACUUGCACAGCAUGUCAAUGUGAAAGAAGCGGUCGGUUAUAUUGCUGGACGUUAGAGUGUAACGUUCCACGCUGCAAGGAUCCUGUUCGAGUCGAGGGAAGAUGCUGUGAGUUCUGCUUGGACAGCGACGCCAAAAAUGUGUGCCAUUUCAAUGGAAAGAUGUUCUUUCAGAGUGAAAUCAUUAUGUUACAAGACCGCAAGACAACCUGCAAGUGUGAAGAGUCUCGAGGUUGGGUAUGUGAAGCGGGUAUUAAAUGGAACAUGCAACCCCUCAGCGAGUCACCGCAGUGUGUUGAUCCACUGUCCAAAAGAGUCUUCAAAAAAGGUGAAAUAUGGAGAUUAAGUGAAUGUGCCCACUGCGUUUGUGGAGAAUCCAGCUCAGGCAGCUGUUCUAUAGUGCGCUGUCCCAGACUAAGGUGUGAUGACCCUUUUAAGAUAAAGGGGAUAUGCUGUCCUGUGUGUCCACAGGACUACCGCGGAGUUUGUCACUUUGAGGGACAAAAGUACUUCCGUAAUGAACGUAUAGUUCUACCCGACAGAUGCACGUCGUGUUUAUGCCGAAACUCCGAAUGGGAGUGUUCAAGUUGGAGAUGUCCCCAAACAAAGAUGAUAAAAAAGCCCUUAGCCAUGAGACGAGUUUAGGCCUUCAGACUUCAGCUGGAGCUUUUCAGUGUGCCUGGAAGGGCUCCUUGCAGUUGUUAGAUCCACUCCAGAUGAAAGGACAUCGACAGGCAAUGCCUUACAUAUUAGAUGACUCAGAAUGGCGACGUUCCCCUAUCUUCAACUUGCAAUGAAUUUCCUUUUUUGUCGGAGAUAAUGCAUAAGUUCUUCACCUAAAGUAUCUAGAUAUUACUGUUAAGAUUUAUGUAAAAAUCUCUCAAUUUGCGAAAUUACAUGAGUCUUACAUGUGAUUCGCAAAUCAAACUAACUUUGAAUCGUUUCCAACAAUCAAGGAUAUGUUUUACCUUCGAGGAAGACAAUUUAGAUUUGGAGCUUUAGGCUCUUUCAAUUAAUGCAUGGUACGGCAUUUCCUGAAAAGAGAACUUUGUUUCCAGGUGAAAACACGUAGAGAAGCCCUCUAGUUCACACUUUUGCAAAAGAUUUUAUUCGUGACCAGGAAAGCCAUGAUCAUGUAUUGUCGAAAACGGGGUGCACACUGCGACGUCUGUAAGAAGUUUAUCGCAAACUUACGAAGUCUGUAAGCUUUGAGCCAAUUCAAUUUGUUGAUAUUUCAAAUUAUAGCGUUAUUAGCAAAAGUAAGGAAACAAAUGGGACAAAAUUAGGCAAAUGAAUAAUACUUGUGCCAAGAGUGAAUAAAGUUGAGCUUUUGCUCCACAAAA